AAGGAGAUCAGGGAGGAGGUGGGUGCGGUGGCCCAGGUGACAGCUAAGAGGGGCUGAGCUGGGACCCGGGUUUUAGAGGUGAGAGUGGAGGGAACUAAUCGAGUUGAGAAAUAUUUAGGAGGAACACUCUGUAGGUCCUGGGGUGUGAGUGGGAGGGGUCAGGACUCUGGCUGAGUUUCUGUCCUGGGUGACACUGGGUGGAGGAUGGUGAGGUCAGCCUUGGCCAUGCUAAGUCUGAGUCCCCCCAUGGCCGGGAGCCUGUGUGGGGGCUGGUGGUCCGGGGUCUGGGGCCCAGGAGAGGGGUCUGGGCUGGAGCCAGAGACUGGGGGUCAGGAGUGUAAUCCUGGCAGCUGGGGCCGUGGGCAGCAGAGGCUGUCUGGGAGAAUGUGGAGUGAUGGGCAGAGAGAACCCUAGACACCUGACAUCAAAGGCUGGGCGGAGCCGAGGGGCCUGCAGAGGGGAGGACAGAGGCAGCUCCUCCAGGAGGGAGGAGGUAAAAGGGGGCUUUACACAUAGAAGGAGGAGCUUGACCUCUGGGGAGCUGGGCCUGUUGGGCAGGAGCUGGGGUGCAGAAGGCCUCUCCCUGCCUUGGGUACAGCAGAUGCACAGACACCCUUCCACAUGGACGCAGUGAACCCAAGGAGCUCAGACACUCAGCGACCCUGCCCCCUCUGGAAUGCCCGCGGCUCUUCCCCCGCGCCCGCCCGCAUUCCUGCUCGGCACACGGCCUCCUCUGCCUGGCAGGCUUCCUGGGCACAGGCUCCCCCGCCCAGGGGAAUGAGGUGGUGACCACCACCGUCCCUUCCACCCUCACCCGCCCAAAGCCACCAGGGCUCAGCAUCCCCACCUCUGGUGGCCAACACCCCUGGGGGCCCUGGAAACCCACCUUCUGCCCCUGUGGGCCGAGAUCUGGAAUUCUGCCCCGGGAGCCUCACGGGCGCCUGGCACACAGUGGGCCCACUUCGUGUACCCGCCUCUGAACAGCAUUCUCUGUGUGUUCUGUCUCCUCCUCCCCACGGUCCCAUGAAGUAGGAGCUCUAAGUCCUCAUCUUACAGAGGCGAUGGAGACUUCAGAGAGGGGGUGUCAUCCCCCAGGGUCACCAGCGUCAGUGGGAGCCCAGCUUCUCCCCAAGCUGGGCUCAGGUGAUGGGUGACAGGGAGGUCAGACCUCUGAGGUCAGGGACCGGGAGGGGUGACCCUGGCUGUGGGCUGGGCUCUUUGCCGCCGUCCAUCCUGAUCCUCCCUUUGGGUCAUGCUGGGUGUGGGGGAGGCCAGUGCCUGGCAUUCCUGAGCCGGCUCCGAAGGAGGCUGCCGGGCCAGGCGGGGAGCUCUGCUCCCCAGCCCCGGUGCCCGCCCACCACUCUCGGCUGGUCUGGGGGAAAUGCAAUGGGGCUGCGGGCUCUGCAGACCUUCCUGGGGGGCUUGUGGCUCCUGGCAGGCCUGACAUGUCAGGAAGAUGUGGAUGAAUGCCUCUCAGAGCCCUGUCUUCAUGGUGGGACCUGUGAUGACACCGUGGCGGGCUACAUCUGCUGGUGCCUGGAGGCCUGGGGUGGGCAUGACUGUUCUGUGAAGCUCACUGGCUGCCAGGGCCACACUUGCCCACCGGUUGCUACCUGCAUCCCCACCUUCGAGUCUGGGGUCCACAGUUACACCUGCCGCUGCCCACCAGGUACCCAUGGACCUUUUUGUGGCCAGAAUACCACCUUCUCCCUGGUGGCUGGGACCCCUGUGCGGGCUUCGGUGCCUGCUGGUGGCCCCCUGGGUCUGGCACUGAGGUUUCGCACCACGCUACCCACUGGUGCCUUGGCCACUCGCACUGACACCCAGGACAGCUUGGAGCUCGCACUGGCAGGGGCCACGCUUCAGGCCACACUCUGGAGCCAUGGCAACCCUGUGCUCAUCCUGAGGCUGCUGGACCUGGCCCUAAAUGAUGGCCACUGGCACCGAGUGGAAGUGACGCUCCACCUGGGGGUCCUGGAGCUGCGCCUCUGGCACGAGAGCUGCCCUGCCCGCCUCUGUGUGGCCUCCAGUCCUGUGGCCCCGGCUCCCACAGCUUCUGUGGCUCCGACGCCUGUCUGGCUCUGCUCGGCCCAGCUGGGUGGCGCGGCCUUUGCAGGCUGUCUCCAGGACGUGCGCGUGGAUGGGCACCUCCUGCUCCCUGAGGAUCUCGGUGAGAAUGUCCUACUGGGCUGCGAGCGCCAUGACCCAUGUCAGCCUCUGCCUUGUGCCCACGGAGGGACCUGCGUGGACCUGUGGACUCACUUCCAUUGCGACUGCCCUCGGCCCUAUGGUGGUCCCACGUGCGCUGAUGAGGUUCCUGCUGCCACCUUUGGCUUGGGGGGCACCCUGAGCUCUGCCUCCUUCCUGCUCCACCAGCUCCCAGGCCCUAACCUCACUGUGUCCUUUCUCCUCCGCACCCGAGAGUCUGCUGGCCUGCUGCUCCAACUUGCCAACGACUCAGCCGCUAGCCUGACAGUGUUCCUGAGAGAGGGCCAGAUCUGGGCUGAGGUGCUGGGCAGUCCUGCUCUGGUGCUCCCCGGGCGCUGGGAUGAUGGGCUUCGCCACCUGGUGACACUCAGCUUUGGGCCUGACCAGCUGCCGGGCUUGGGGCAGCAGGUGCACGUAGCGGGGAGGCUCCCCCCAGCUGACACCCAGCCCUGGGGUGGGCCCUUCCGAGGCUGCAUCCAGGACCUGCGACUCAAUGGCCUUCACCUCCCCUUCUUUCCGCUGCCACUGGGGAACUCAAGCCAGCCCGACGAGCUGGGCAGCAGGCAGUCCUGGAACCUCACCAUGGGCUGCAUCUCCGAGGACAUGUGCAGUCCUGACCCCUGUCUCAAUGGUGGGACUUGCCUCGUCACCUGGAAUGACUUCCAUUGCACCUGCCCUGCCAACGUUACGGGGCCCACGUGUGCCCAGCAGCUGUGGUGUCCUGGUCAGCCCUGCCUCCCGCCUGCCACCUGCGAGGAGGUCCCUGAUGGCUUUGUCUGUGUGUCAGAGGCCACGUUCCGCGAGGGCCCCCCGGUCGCAUUCAGCGGGCACAACGCGUCGUCGGGGCGCUCGCUCAGCGGCCUCUCGCUCGCUUUCCGCACGCGCGACUCCGAGGCCGGGCUGCUGCGCGCCUCCGCGGGCGCCGCCACCGCCGCCGCCGUCUGGCUGGCCGUGCGCAACGGCUCGCUCGUGGCCGGUGUGCGCAGUGGCCGCGGCCUGCCCGGCGCCGUGCUCCCCGCGCCCGGGCCGCGCGUGGCCGACGGCGCCUGGCACCGCGUGCGCCUGGCCAUGGAGCGCCCGGCGGCCGCCGCGUCGCACUGGCUGCUCUGGCUGGACGGCGCGGCGACGCCCCUGGCGCUGCGCGGCCUGGCCGGGGACCUGGGCUUCCUGCGCGGCACGGCCGCCGCGCCCGUCCUGCUGGCCGAGAACUUCACCGGCUGCUUGGGCCGCGUGGCGCUCGGCGGCCUCCCGCUGCCCCUGGCGCGCCCCCGGCCCGGCGCGGCCCCCGGCUCCCGAGAGCACUUCUCCGCCUGGCCCGGGGCGCCCGGCCCGCGCCUUGGCUGCCGGGGCGCGCCCGUGUGUGUCCCCUCGCCCUGCCUGCACGGCGGCGCCUGCCGAGACCUCUUCGACGCCUUCGCCUGCGCCUGCGGCCCCGGCUGGGAGGGCCCGCGCUGCGCCGCCCGCGCCGACCCCUGCCGCUCGGCGCCCUGCGUCCCCGGCCGCUGCCACGCGCGCCCCGACGGCCGCUUCGAGUGCCGCUGCCCGCCGGGCCUCGCGGGCCCGCGCUGCAGGUCUCCUGUCCUGCCAGAGGAGUGCAGCCUGAACUCCACCUGCAUCAAGGGUGGCCCAUGUGAGGGAGGACCCAGGGGUGCCAACUGCAGCUGCCGGGAAGGCUUUCCUGGCCAGAGAUGUGAGAUGCCCUGUGAAGCCAACCCCUGCUUGAACGGGGGCACCUGCCGGGUCGCUGGGGGGCUGUAUGAAUGUAUCUGCAACGCGAGGUUCUCAGGCCGGUUCUGUGAAGUGCUGAAGGGCCUGCCGCUGCCACUGCCGUUCCCACUGCUGGAGGUGGCUGUGCCUGCAGCCUGCGCCUGCCUUCUUCUCCUCCUCCUGGGCCUCCUCUCAGGGAUCCUGGCAGCCAGAAAGCGCCGCCAGUCAGAGGGCACCUACAGCCCGAGCCAGCAGGAGGUGGCCGGGGCCCGGUUGGAAAUGGACAGUGUCCUCAAGGUGCCACCCGAGGAGAGACUCAUCUAGGCCUGCAGCUGCCGGCUCUGGCACCCAUGAGUCCUGGACGAUUUCUGCUGGGAGACCCAAGGAGGCCGCUUCCAGGAGUGGCGGGAGUGGCUCGCCCCUUCUCGGCCUUGGGGAGCUGCUGCAGGGCCCGGAACACUCCCUCGGGAAGCGUCCUCUUUGCCGGCAGCCCUGCCUCUGCCCCAUCAUGGACUGAGGAAAAGGGGGCGCUCAGGGAACCAGAGAGGGGCCGGCCAGUUCGUGGACUUCGUCAUUGGAUCUGCUUAGUCUUGCCUGCUGUGCAGGGGCAGGGCACAUGUGGGUGCACAGUGUUCAGGACUGUGUGUGCGUGUGUGUGUGUGUAUCUGGGGACCGUCAAUCUCCAGAUCCCAGUGAGAGUGUCCUGGAUGGGGCUUGUGAGUGUGUCUGGGUCUUUGCUGUGUGUUCAUGUGACUGUCUGAUGGCCGCUGGCGGUCCCAUGAGGGGAUCCCAUGGAGGGCUGGCCGUGGGGCCACGGGGACCACCUGGGGCAGGGGCAACCGCAGGUUACACGUUCUCCAGGAGGCCAGGCCAGGGCUUGCCUAAGGACCUAAGUCCCAGCUCCUGUAUCUUCUCCCACCUCGGAGGCUGCCCCUGCCCUGGAAGGAGUUGGAAAUCAUGGAGAGGCCAUUAGCCAGAGGCCCUGUGGGCUCCUGGCUCCAGAACAAAUGCUCCUCAGGCAGACCUGUCUCUGUUCUGUGCCGGAGCCAGGCACGUGCGGCACGCAGGCCACAUCCAGGGCAGACCCACAGGAAUAGGGGACGGGCCGCCCUGAGCUGCCCAGCUUGCUGGGGGGUGUCUGGGCUCUGUGUGGCCUUCCUCCCCGGGCUGUCAUCUCUAGAAUGGGAGAGCAGCCCCUGCCCACCUCAGGGUUGUUGUGAGGAGCAGCAGGGGUGACACCAGGAAAGAACUCUGUAAGCUGGGUCCACUGUGAAGGGCUGUCUGGGUCCUUUUAGAUGUUGGGAAGGGUUGUCUCCCUUGACGGAGUUGAAGGAAAGAGUGGGGGAAGGGGCCUCCCUGAGGGGCAGCAAGAAGCAGAGGGUGAGGAAGUGAAGGAGCAACCUGCCCUCCCCCACCCCCACCCUUCUGGUUCUGCGGCUCCACCAAAGCCAGCGAUCUCUCCUCCUCGAAGCCGCCUGGUGAGGCCACUCCCUCACUCUCUAGAUGGCUGUUGGGAGGAUGUGGGGAGAGGACUCCCCGGGAGCACUCUGCAGAGCAAGGUGCUCAGCGAACGGUGGCGCCGCCUCUUUGUGUAGGGGCUGGUGCUGCAGACAGGCACAGACGCAGGGGAAGAGUUUGCAGCUUUGCUUCCAGGCCCUUCCCUGGCAAUGCCAUCACACUGGGAUCUCUGAUCCUGGAGGGGCACCCGCCUGAGGGCCUGGCCUCUCAGCUUCACAGGGUCCCUUUGUUCCUGACCUGGAGAUUUACCCUUGGCUCCUUCCUGUUUCCCAGGCCAGCGCCUCCUCUGCCAAGGCCAGGAGACCCCUUUCCACUUUCAGGUUGCAGGUUGACUUACCCAGCUCCCCUCGGGGUCUCAGCCAGCUUCCAGAGUCAAACCAGGUGGAGCCCUGUGUCGAUGCGGAGGGAAGGGAGGGGUUGGGGGGCUGAGGCUGGGCUAGGAAGGGCCCUGAACACCAGGUUACAGGGCUUGCUUGGUCCUGACCCCGUAGGAGGUGGGGCCACCUUUCUUCAUGACUCCUGGGAAAGGGAAGGAAACAUCUGGUACCAACAGCUUAGCCACAGCUGGUGCCUUGGUUAGUUUGUCAGAAAUUUGGCAAAACUGUGUUCUUGCAGACUCCUAAGACAUUUUAUGUGGAACCCCAAAAUGCAAAAGCUGGGCUGCUCUUUUUUGGGGAGCCCUAUGUUGUCCUCUCCUGCUCCUAAGAGUUCUGGGCACCCGUCAUUUUCAAAGGCAGCCUGGGGAGGGGGAUAUGGCCAGAUGAUGGGCGGAUGGGGUGUGAGUGGGUGUGUUUAACGGCCCCCCUGGGUGCUCGGUCCAGAUCUCCCUUCCUGACACAAAUGUCAACAGAGGCGCAUGUUCCGAAGCUCUGCCCUUGCUAAUGAGAGAUCUAGGGGCCGGCUUUCUAGGUGUCUCCUUGAACUUGUUCCUUCCUGGAGCCUGGUGCCUUCACAUCACAGAGCCCUGCUGACCAGCCCAAGCCCUCAGGCCCUGCUUGUGAGGGGAAGGGGCUGAGCUGGGCUCAGCGGUCCGAACUGGAACAGGCUUGGGGGUGGGUCAGGGGUCAGAUCCUUCCCUGAUGGCUCCGAGCCCCUGCCUCCACCUCUACGGAAGGGGGUGUAAAGAUGGCUGAGCCCCCCUCCCCCAAGAGCUUCCUCAGGACAAGGAUGCCAGUCUUCUCCCCAAGAAGAUUUUAUUGAAUGCACACACAAAAUUUAUCCUUGGGUUUGCAAAUUCAAUCCAGCGAGUGAAGACAGCAGUGCUCAUGUGAACAUGGAGCGCCCACCACGAGCCCCCAGCACAGCCAGGGAGACCAAGGUGUGGGCGCCAUUUUCUUGGGGCCGCCUGGUACCUCUUGUCUCAUACUCUGCCCACCUGGUGGGCUGCCCCGUCCCUGAUGGGGCUCAGGGCUUCGCCCAGGAUGGGUGGUUCUGGAAUCUGUGCUGAAACCUGAGUAUCCUAGACUAGGUGCCCACAUGACCCAGGUGUGACAUGGCUCCCCCCAACCGCUGCCAUUCCCAGCAGCCAGAGACACUCUCACGAUUGAGAGGCUUGCCUGAGGGGCUGUGAUUGACUCAGGAAGGGGUAUGCCAGGCCAGCAGCUCAUCGCAUGCCGCGUCGGAGCAGACUUUGGGGCCAAGGCUCCAGGCCUCAGGGAACCACAGCGGGGGUGGCCUCCCAGCCCCUCAGACACUGAAAAAGCUCCCUGGGGUUCGGGGGCCUCCAGCAACCCCCUUGUCCCGUCAGACACCUGAGACUGUGUGUCUGACCACUCACAAAUAGGAAAUGAGAAACCAGGUCAAAAUGCUCACAAUUUCCUGCAUGUCUCAGAUGGUUGUUUUCUUAAAUGGUUGGGCCAUUUUUUAACUUGGUUUAUUCAAACUAGUCAAUUUCAAGAUUCAUCAAACCAAUAAAGUAAAGAAAAAGAAAGAUAAAAGAAACAAU